CGUCAGCAGUAACAGUGCCACAUCACAGUGCCACAUCAGCAGUGCCCCGCCACCAUGACGGGUGCAGCUCUGGGCAUGCCAGGCCAACUGGCCAACGAGUCUAUUGCCGACUACAAACAGCGGUUCCAGACUCAGCUCGCACUGAUCGAGGCUGAGGAACAGCGCCAGCUGGCAGCCGAUGCUGCCCGCCUACAGGCUGAAGCAGCGGCAACAGCUGAGAAGCAGCGGCUACAGGCCGAAGCAGACACAGAUACCCAGGCACGCCGCAAGGAGACCCAGGAUCUGCUGCAGCGGCAUGAAGCCGCCAGCAUCGAAAGACUCAAGUAUUGGCACUUUGAACCAUCCGAGGGGCACGACGACGCAACACCGGAGGAGCAGCACAAGGAGUUCCUCUCCAAACUCGUGACACGGUUGUUAUACACUUGCAACUACCAACAGUCCGAGUUAGAGAGACAGAACAAGGAACUGCAGCAACGGUACCAGGAUCUGAAGAAACAGCAUUGGCACUUUGAACCAUCCGAGGGGCACGACGACGCAACACCGGAGGAGCAGCACAAGGAGUUCCUCUCCAAACUCGUGACACGGUUGUUAUACGCUUGCAACUACCAACAGUCCGAGUUACAGAGACAGAACCAGGAACUGCAGCAACAGUACCAGGAUUUGAAGAAAAAGCACCAGGAGUUGGCGAACCUCCGCCGGACAGGGCAGAGCCACGAGGAUGCUACACAGGCACUCAAUUCCCGUGUACUGGACCUGGAGCAAGCUGCACCAGGACCAGAUGCUGGCGAGUCCAGCAGUGCACCCUCUACCCGCCAACUGGAGGAACGCGUCGACCACAUCGUCGCAAUGCUCGGCGACAUCAGCACCUUCGAGGCACCAACCACCAUCAGCAAUCAGCUGGAUACCUUGAAGACCGAGGUCCAGCAACUGCAGCUGCCUAACAAGAAUGGCAACAGCACACAGCAUUACAAGAUGCCAACUUUUCAAAUGACUACACGCAUCAGGACCCGGUCCUCUGGUGGGAAGGUUUCACGACGCAACUUCGGAUUCUCCACCCACGGCGUCGACGUCGCAGAUCUGAAAGACAAGAUCUCAUGGGAAGAGUUAACACGGUUGUGGAAGAAGCGGUUCAUCGUGGACGACGCACCUGCACUCGCCAUCAACCGUCUCUUCAACAUGACACAAGGCAACACAGCAACACGUGACUGGCUCACGGAAUGGCACAAGAUCGCGGCAACGCCCGAUCUCGACUUGCCAUUUACGCAUCUGCGUCGUGAGUUCUACAACAGGUCAUGCGCUGCAUUCAGCCUUGCUCUUGGUGAUCGCGAGCAGUAUGCAACCUUCGCUGAGAUCAUUCACAAAGCGAGGGAGAUCAUCAAGACCAACAGGGCGGCUGCACACGAGAGGUCAGUGUGGCAGCCAACCUAUGUGGAGAAGAUGAAAACUGGUCCGCGACAGCAGCAGUUCGCUGCAGUCCAAUCGAACAACACUGUGGAAGACCCGGCAGCCACCCAAGCGUCACGUGAGGGAGAUCAGGUACCGCGGCCGAUACUGCUGCUGCUACUGGUGCAACAGCACCAAGCACAAGACCUCCCUCUGCCAGGAUUAGGGCAAGGAGGAUAUGCGGCCUCGUCUCAACUCGGGAAACUGAGUUUCGCGGGAGGUGAGGCGACUCCACCUCCCACUCCGCCAGAUUCGGCCGCCUUGCUAGCAGCCUCCUACACAUCUGGGGAGGAUGCGAAUGUCGUAGAUUCUCGUUAUGCUUACGAGGACUAUGCUGUCCACUUGGUCCCACCGCUGGACCAACCGCUCCACGUGCAACAAUCCACCGCAUGCACGGUUUCACCACCAUCGGCAACCGAUUCGGCAGCUUCGCCGCUUUCUAUCGCCGGGGAUUCAUCAUCGUGGUCAAGACUUCAGGUGCUCGACCCACUGACGUUCGCGGACUUCCAGUGGAUGCCCGUUCCCCCAACCGGUCAAUUGCCAAAACCGCAUUGCAAUGUGCUCAUGGCACAACUGCGGGAUUACUUGCACACUGCAGUACCAGCUCUGUUGAUGGACGCCGGAGCAGAGGUUGUCGACCUUCACGCUUACAUUGCGAAGAUCGACCACGAGUUCAAGACGCAACGGUACGACGACAUCGACGCACCCUUGUUUUAUGUACGCAUUCAGAUCGGACAGGCGACCUGCAGCGCAUUGAUCGAUUGCGGAGCAUCUCGCAACUACAUCAACCAGGACUUCAUGGUGCGCGCCGGCCUUGGCCCACGCGUCCGGAGGAAGUCCCUGCCUACGCAAGUCACGUUGGCGGACAGUCACACGCACAAGUCAAUCGACCGGUGCAUUCAUGAUGUCCCAGUGUACUUUGCCCCUCACGCAAGUGAGGCGGUGUCCUUUGACAUUCUCGACACCAAAUUCGACAUGAUCUUGGGCAUGUCAUGGCUGCGAAGCGAGGACCACUUGGUGAACUUCUACCGCCUCACCGUUCACGUUCGUGAUCGGAACGGAGUACUAGUCCCAUGCACGGUGCCUCCUCCUCACCCUUCCAUCAGCUGCCACGUGGUAUCCGCCGCAAGCAUGCGAGCUUCCAUCAUCAGAGACGACAUCGAGGAGAUGGGGGUGUGUUUUCUCCACGCCCUCCCGCCCCAUGACGCUUCACCGACGGACUCAUCUUCGGAUCCUCGCAUCACCGAGCUUCUCGACGCCUACGGCGACGUGUUCGAAGGCCCGCACGGAGUAGUACCGGAUCGGCCCAUCCGCCACAUACCAUCCUCGAGGACGGGGCCGUACCUCCGCGUGGUUGCAGCUACCGACCGAAUGCGCGAGGAAGAGUUGAGUGUGCUUCGGGCACAACUCGACGACCUUCUGGAGAAAGGCUGGAUUCGGCCUAGCUCAUCGCCAUACGGUGCGCCUGUUCUCUUCGUCCGGAAGAAGAACAAGGAUCUGCAGUUGUGCAUCGAUUAUCACAAGCUCAACGCGCAAACGAUCAGAAACGUCGGCCCUCUCCCACGCAUCGACGACCUUCUCGAACGACUGGGCGGCGCCAAGUUCUUCUGCAAGUUGGACCUCAAGUCGGGAUAUCACCAACUCGAGAUUCAGAAGAUGGACCGCUACAAGACCGCGUUUAAGACGCGAUAUGGGCAUUUCGAAUGGCUGGUUAUGCCAUUUGGCCUUACAAAUGCCCCGGCCACUUUCCAGGCGGCUAUGACAACGGAGUUCCGACACAUGCUGGAUCGAUUCGUACUUAUCUACCUUGACGACAUCCUGGUGUACAGCCGGAGUUUGGACGAGCAUGUGGAACACUUGCGCACCGUUUUGGAACGGUUACGACAAACCAAGUACAAAGCCAACCGCGACAAAUGCGAAUUCGCGCGGCAGGAGCUCGAGUACUUGGGACAUUAUGUGACGCCGCAAGGCAUCCGUCCGCUUGCGGACAAGAUCGAGGCCCUCCGCGUAUGGCCCGAGCCCACCGACACCACGGACGUUUCAUGGGUCUUGGAACAACACGACGGCGACGACUGGCACCCUGUGGAGUAUUUCAGCCACAAAGUGCCUCCCAUCAACUCGCUUGAUGAUGCAAGGAAGAAGGAGCUGCUCGCGUUCGUGAUGGCUCUCAAGCGAUGGCGGCACUUCCUCCUUGGGCGUCGUAGGUUCACAUGGGUUACGGACAACAACCCACUGACCUACUACAAGACGCAGGAUAUGGUGAGCAGCACGAUUGGACGAUGGAUAUUCUUCAUCGACCAAUUCGACUUCACACCGAAACAUCUUCUCGGCCUCUCCAAUCGCGCAGCAGAUGCACUCUCGCGAAGACCUGAUCUUUGCGCUAUGACACAUCAUGCCUUCGCAUUCGACGAGGAACUUCAGCGACACUUCAUCCGGGGAUAUGAGUAGGAUCCGGACUUCGCCACGUUGUAUGCGUAGUUAUCUUCGGAUCACCCGCCGGCCAGCCACUAUC